GAUCUUAUUGGACGCGUUUGCUGAGUUUAUUACGUCAAGUCUGUAGGUCUGUAGUCUGUAGUCUGUAGUCUGUAGUCUGUAGUUUGUAAUCUGCAUUCAGUUGUCAAACUCGAGUGUAAUGAUUUAUUAACUGCUCCGAACAAUUCUCGUUAAUUACAUUUAAUGAUGUAUUCAUGAACAAUGUGCUUAUUGGCAAUGUUCUUUAGAGAAAUAAGGUAACACAUAAGAAAUGACAAGCUUUGAGUUGUAAGCGAAGUUGACAUAACAAAAAAAAUCAAAACAGCCAACAAUGUAUUCGGACGAUCAGGUGUAUAUUGGCUUUUUGAUUCUGUCAUUUUUAUUUAGUUUUUUAUUCAGAAAAGUCAAACAUAAAAAUAUCAAACAAUGGCUAUCUACCGUUUUCGGAGUGUUAAUCGUGCUAUCCGUUUCGGGCUAUCAUGUUUUCCAUCCUAUUUUUUGUACCCUAGUCAAUUCAAUACUAAUACAAGUCGACAAAAGGAGAUGUCACAUACUUAGUUUUAUAUUUACUUUUGGAUACCUGGUUUUUUUCCGGACAACAACAUACUUUGGUUUUCCAUACCCGCCUGCUCAUGCCAACUUGAUACAAAUGAUGUUAACUUUGAAGUUGGUCGGCCUAUCAUUUGAAGUCCAUGACAGUUACCAGAUUUUGUUAGAAUCAAAGGAUAAAGAUGUUGAAGCUAAAAAAAAGUUUAAAAUUAUUAAUCAACCUAGUAUUUUGGAGGUUUUUCAUUACAGUUUUUGCUACAUAGGAGUAUUGACAGGGCCGUACAUCACAUAUCGUACAUACUGGGAUUUGUUCAAUCGACAACACUGGCAAAAGGCUGCAUAUUCUGAUUUGUUGUGGGAAAAAUUACGAGUUAUUCCACCAUUGAUAAUAUGUUAUUUCAUUACAUUUUGGUUAUUUCCAUUGAGUGAAUUCAAUAACGAAUCAUUUUAUACAGCCACGUCGUUAUUGUACAGAAUAUGGUAUAUGUACACGUCAUUUUUUAUAUAUCGAACACGGAUAUAUUUAGGUUUUAUACUUUCUGAGCUUAUUUGUAUAGCUUCUGGAAUGGGUGCUUAUCCUGUAUCAACUAAUCCACAGUCGGGACGUGGACCAACCAAAAAUUUUGAUGUGAUAGAAACGUCAUCUGAAGAGUGUUAUAGCUUUGAGUGUAUUAAGAGUAUAGACAUCAUGAAAGUAGAAUCUAUCUCAACCGUCCGCGGUGCUACCAGAAUAUGGAACAUGACUGUGCAAUAUUGGAUUGCGGCUUAUGUGUACACGAGAUUUCCUAUAAAGAAAUUAAGAACACUCUCGGCGUUUUGUAUCUCAGCUUUUUGGCACGGUAUUUAUGCAGGAUAUUAUGUUAGUUUAUGCACGGUUCCAUUGUAUUUAGUCAUUGAGGAUAUCUACGACAGACGAUAUCGAGAUUAUGCGGAUUCAGCCGGGAAACGCAUAUUGUGGACUUGUCUUUUGUACAUAAUGAAAAUGUUCCAGUUUUCAUUUUGGGGUUGCACCUUUCAGCUGCUUCAUGUCGACCUUAUACUGAAAUACUGCCAAUCUAUUUAUUUCCUUCCUUAUGUUCUCAUAGCUGUUAUGUAUACAUUCACUCGGUACAGUAAUUCACGGAUAAGUUGACCAAAUACAACACAAUGGUCAACUUUCGAUAACAUCAAGAGAGUUCUUAACACGAACCUCGGGUGCUAACUAAACUUUUAUUUUAUGGUAAAGUUCACCAUAUUUUUUUAAUUAAAAUUUAAGUUGUUUAUUAAAUAUAUUGUGUUAAUAUUAUCGUAUCAGAUGAGCUCUCUACAGUACCAAGUCUUUGUAUACUAAUGCUGCCUUUGGAAUCAAGAGACAAAAGACAUUUUUUUACUGUUUUUUUUUUCUAUGCAUUAUUGCAUACUACUUUCUUUUUUCUUUAUCCAUCACAUCUAUUAAUUAUUUUAAGUUUUAUUUUAUCACACUUGAAUAGUUUAGUCAUGAUAGUCUUUAGAUUAACAAAGCUUGCAACAAUAUCUAUUGAUUUUGUUCUAAAAAAUAAAACUGAAUCAUUUCAUUGUAAAUAAUAUUUAAUUUUGUAGCUAUAUAAAUAUCAAUUACACUUGCAUCUACCUUUUCGUUUUCAAAAA